AUGCUUCGAAAAAAGCUUAAACUAAGUGCAAACAAUGAAAAUGAUGAUGAAACAUUGAAUGAUUCAGUUCCCAACGUGCAAUUACUUCAAAAUUCUUAUUCAGUGACAUUUGAAUUUGAAUUUUGGGAAAAAAUUUGGAAAGUAGAGCAAGAACUUGCAAACGAGUUGUCAAAGAUUGAUUUCAAAUGCGAUAAAAACAUUGCGGCUGUUUACAAUCCUCUUGACUAUGCUGGAGAUGUUCAUAAGAAUUUUAUGAAGAAAUAUUUAAAGAAGUCUCCAACAGUUCCUUUUGGUAAUGUUCCUUCUGUAAGAGAUUGGAUGAAAAUUGAAGGAGUUGUGAAUAAACCAGACAAUGAAAUAACAGCAAAACCCAUUGAAGGAUUCAACUGCAAUAGAGAAGAACAAAGUGGUAAAAGAUUCUGGGGUGUCCUGGAGGAACUUUGCGGUGAUCCUGAUAACUUUUUUCAACAUUGCUUUGUAUACAACAUUUGUCCUUUGGCAUUCCUCACGUCAACAGGUCGGAACAUCACACCGCCAGAAAUAAAAGGAGAAGGAAAAUCGAAACUAAAUACAACUUGUCUCAACUACCUCACACAAGCAUUAAAUAUUUUAAAUCCAAAAAUCAUAAUCAGCGUUGGAAGUUACGCCAACGAUCGAAUCAAGGAACUGAAAAAGAAAAAACUUAUUCCUGAUACAAUUGAUUGUAAACUCAUUCCUCAUCCAAUUUUUCUCGUCAAAUUAAACACAAUGGAAAUUUACAUGCACGAAGCUUUAAGUGAAGCGAAGAAAUCACUUCAUGAAUUUAAUGAAGUUCCAGUUGGAUGUGUUUUCAUUUACCAUAAUAAUAUAAUUGCGCGUGGUCAUAAUCUUGUAAAUAAAACUGUCAAUCCAACGCGUCACGCCGAGUUUGUUUGCAUUGAUGAAGUUUUAAAUUACUGCAAAGAAAAACAAUUAAAUCAUGACGAAGUUUUUAGUGAAGUCAUUGUCGUUGUUUCCGUGGAGCCAUGCAUAAUGUGUAUGAGUGCAUUGUGCAAUUUAAGAGUUAAGGAAAUCAUUUACGGAUGUAAAAAUGAUCGUUUUGGAGGUUCUACUGUAGUCAAUGUUGCAGACUUUCUUAAACCAGAGACAAAGGUCAAAGGAGGUGUCAUAGAAGACGAAGCAAUGCAAUUACUUAAAGAAUUUUAUCAAGGCGAAAAUCCACUGGCACCGAUCUCAGCGAAACAAAAGAAAAAGAAAUAA